UCCGCACAGGCAGCCAAUGUGGAUGAGGACGAUCCGCUGGAUCUGUACAUGAUGGGCAUCGACCAGCAGGUCAAAGAUGACAAGCCCUCGGGACGGAAGCCCAAGCCAGGCAUUGAGCUGGACGAGGAUGACAACGUGGCAGACUUCCUGCAGGCACGAAAACAGACAGCCGCAACGGCGGCAGCAGCUGAUGCUAUGGCGGCUGCUUCUGGGUACGGUUCUGACGAGGAGGUAUACGCAACAGCCAGAGCCGUGGAUGAUGCAGAAUAUGGCGACUCGGACAGCGGCGCUCCCCUUGACAAAAAAAAGAUUGAGCCGCUGCCUCCCUUGGAUCAUGCCACUGUCGAGUAUGAAGACUUCGCCAAAGUUUUCUACGAUGAGCAUCCAGCCAUGACAGCAAUGACGCAUGCGGAGGUGACUGCUCUACGGGCCAGGGUGGGCAUCCGCGUGUCUGGUUUUGACGCUCCAAAGCCAGUGCAGACAUUUGAGCAGUGCGGCUUUGAUGGAAUGCUGAUGGGUGUGAUCAAAAAGGCAGGGUAUCAAAAGCCGACUCCCAUUCAGGCGCAAGCCCUUCCAGCUGCCUUGGCUGGCAGGGACAUCCUGGGUAUCGCAAAGACUGGGUCAGGCAAGACGGCAGCCUUUGUCCUACCCAUGCUUGUGCACAUCAUGGACCAGCCUGAGCUGGAGAAAGGAGAAGGGCCCAUUGGCAUAAUUGUGGCGCCAACUCGCGAGCUGUCUGAGCAGAUCCAUAAGGAGACCCGGCGUUUCAGCAAGCCCUACAACCUGCGCGUCUGUGCUGCCUUCGGUGGGCUUUCCAAGUACGACCAAUUCAAGGACUUGAAGGCGGGCGCAGAGGUGGCAGUCUGUACACCUGGGCGCAUGAUUGACUUGAUCAAGAUGAAGGCAUGCAUGUGCACACGUGUGACCUACCUCGUGUUCGACGAGGCAGACCGCAUGUUUGACAUGGGCUUUGAGCCCCAGGUGCGGUCAAUCAUUGGCCAGGUGCGGCCGGACCGGCAGACACUGCUGUUCUCGGCAACGCUGCCCAAUAAGAUAGAUCGGCUGGUACAGGAUGCGCUGACAUCGCCAGUGCGCGUCACUGUCGGUGAGAUUGGGGCCGCCAAUGACGACAUCUCGCAGGUUGCAGAGGUGCUGGAUGACUCUGCUAAAUGGACAUGGCUCCAGGCCAAUGUGCAAAGCUUCAUUGAUCAGGGUGAUGUCCUGGUAUUUGUGUCCACAAAAGUUCGGGCGGAGGAGAUCUCUGGACAGCUUCAGGCAGCUGGGCUCAAGGCAGCGGCAAUCCAUGGGGACAUGGACCAGCACACGCGCAUGCAGGUGCUGCACGAUUUCAAGGCUGGCAAGCACCAUGCCUUGGUGGCCACGGAUGUGGCAGCGCGCGGCCUGGACAUCAAGUCCAUCAAGACCGUGGUCAACAUAGACGCAGCCAAGGACAUUGACACGCACGUCCACCGCGUCGGGCGCACUGGCCGCGCUGGUGACAAAGACGGCGUCGCCUACACGCUCGUGACUCCGCGGGAGGCUCGAUUUGCAGGUGAGCUGGUCAACAGCCUGGCAGCAGCUAAUCAGCAGGUGCCCAAAGCGCUGAUGGAUCUAGCAGCCAAGGACGGGCACUUUCGCAAGGCAGGACACAGAACUGCCGGCUGUGGACGAGGCGGGCGAGGC